CGGAUCUUUCUUUAGAGGAACGGCGAUUUGCGGAUUUGUAUGUUGGUGACACUUAAAUUCUUUAAAAAAGUAACGGUAUCGAGCGUUCGGAUUUCAGAUUAUGUUUUGUCCUAUCUUGUUUAAAACUAUUCCCGACUUUUUUGUGUGAAAAAGAAUCGUUUGGUGAUAUCUACCCAUCGUUUGUGAUAAUAGCAGGAAAUAAGUUUGUGAAUCAAACUCGCCUGCUCCUCCAGUAUGACCAAGGACGAUGAAAAAGCUAUUCCUGUCCGGGUCGCACUAAGAUGCCGACCGCUGGUUCCCAAAGAGAUCAAUGAAGGGUGCCAGUGCUGUCUUAAUUUUGUGCCUGGUGAACAACAAGUGAUUGUUGGCAAUGACAAGGCGUUCACUUAUGAUUUCGUGUUUGACCCAACGACCGAGCAGGAGGAAGUGUUCACCACUGCAGUGUCUCCAUUGUUGUCUGGGCUUUUCAAAGGCUAUCAUGCUACUGUUCUGGCCUAUGGACAGACGGGCUCUGGCAAAACGUUCUCCAUGGGUGGCACGUAUACAUCAGAACAAGAAAAUGAGCCCACUGUUGGUGUCAUCCCUCGAGUCAUCCGACGAAUCUUUCAGGAAAAGGCUAAAUGUGCAGACUGUGAAUUUGUAUUGACUGUGUCAUAUCUUGAGAUUUACAAUGAAGAAAUUCUAGACCUGCUGUGCACGUCAAAGGACAAACCUGUCAUCAGUAUCAGAGAGGAUCCUAAGGAAGGCAUUAAAAUUGUGGGCCUGACAGAAAAGGAGGUGUCCACUGCACAUGAGAUGGUGGGCUGUCUGGAGUUGGGGAACUCUGCACGAACUGUGGGAUCGACGGCCAUGAACGCAGCCUCGUCCCGCUCGCACGCCAUCUUUACCAUUUCACUGGAGCAGCGACGCAAAGGAGACAAGAGUGACAUCAUGAUCUCCAAACUACAUUUGGUGGAUCUUGCUGGAUCUGAGAGACAGAAAAAAACUAAAGCAGAGGGCGAUCGCCUAAAGGAGGGAAUCAGCAUUAAUCGUGGACUGUUGUCUCUUGGAAAUGUGAUCAGCGCGCUUGGUGAUGAAAGCAACAAAAAAGGAACUUUCGUGCCAUACAGAGACUCCAAGCUAACGCGUCUCCUGCAGGACUCUCUCGGAGGCAACAGUCACACAUUAAUGAUUGCGUGCAUCAGCCCAGCCGACUCCAACAUUGAAGAAACAAUCAACACGUUGCGGUACGCUGAUCGUGCGCGUAAAAUCAAAAAUAAGCCAAUUUUGAACGUUGACCCACGUGCAGCGGAAAUGAAACGUCUCAAACAGCAGGUUCAAGAACUUCAAGUGAUGCUGCUACACGCUCGUGGAGGAGUUGCUCCUGUAUUGACUGGGUCCGAGCCGGCAGAUAAUGUCUCGAAGAUCCUGGAGCUGAACCGCAAUCUGAAAGACGAAAACAGCAAGUUGAGCCGAGAGCUGAGUGAGGCUGUAGGGCAGACGGCGCUCAUGUUCGAAAGAAUAAUCAUGACGGAGCAGGCGAAUGAUAAAUUGCAAUGCAAACUGGAGGAGUUAAGGCAGCAUGCAGCGUGUAAGGUUGAUCUACAGAAGGUUGUGGAGACUCUGGAGGACCAGGAAUUGAAGGAGAACGUGGAGGUGAUCAGGAACCUUCAACAAAUCAUCCUGGAACUGCAGAGUGAAAGUGUUGGGAUCGUGGCCACCAUCGAUGCCAUAACCUCAGGCAAUGCCUCGACUCUUGAUCCACUGACUGAUGCUGCCACCACAGCUGCUGGCUCACCAGGGGGCUCCAGUGCUGAUCAUCAGGCCAAAGAUUCUCCUGAAGGAUACACGGCCCAGCAUGCACUGCGGCAGGCUCAGAUGUCUAAAGAAUUGAUUGAGCUCAAUAAAGUUUUGGCUCUGAAAGAGGCUUUCGUCAAGAAGAUGUGUCAAAAUGACAGUCAUCUGGAACCAAUGCAAACAGAACAUCAGGAGAACAUUAUGAGUCUGCACACUGCAGUUGGAUCACUACAGAAGGAGAAGGAAGAUCUCCUUCUAGCCCUCCAAUCUGCAAAAAAGGACACUAAUCAGGCCAAACUCAGUGAACAACGCAGGAAGAGGCUUCAGGAGCUGGAAGGGCAAAUCACCGAACUAAAAAAGAAACUUCAAGAUCAGUCCAAACUGUUAAAGCUCAAAGAGUCGUCCGUGCGCAACGUAGCCAAACUCAACCAGGAAAUCCAGGCUAUGAAGUCUCAGCGCGUUCAGCUCAUGAGGCAGAUGAAGGAAGACUCUGAGAAGUUUCGUGUAUGGAAGCAGAAGAAAGAUAAGGAAGUUCUGCAACUUAAAGAAAAGGAUCGUAAGCGUCAAUACGAGAUGUUGAAGCUGGAGAGAGACUUCCAGAAACAGGCCAGCGUCCUCCGACGCAAAACUGAAGAGGCGGCUGCUGCUAACAAGCGACUCAAAGAUGCUCUGCUGAAGAGAAGCGAAGUGGCAGAGAAGCGCAAAGAUUUUCAGAGCCGUGGAACGGAGAAUGUCGCUAACAGAGUCAAGGCUUGGUUACUAAAUGAGGUGGAAGUGCUUGUGAGCACAGAAGAGGCCCGCAGACAUCUACAGGACCUGCUGGAAGACAGGAAAAUGCUGGCAGAGGAGAUCUCACAGCUUAGGCAGCAGAUGGAGGCAGGAGAGAGGCCUGUAGCCAAAGUCAGGCGUCGCACAUUUACUAUCUCCGAGCUGGAGGGCCGGGGUGAGCUGGAGGCUUCCAUCAGCAAGCAGGUGGAAAGUCUGGAGACAGAAAUGGGUCUCAGAAGUGCUCAGAUAGCUGACCUGCAGCAGAAGGUUCUGGAUGCAGAUAAUGAAGGGCGAAUGAAGCAGCGUUGGGAUUCCAUCACCACCAUCAUAGAGGCCAAAAGCGCCCUGAAAAUCCUCAUGGCUGAGGUGGUAGCUUCCAAAACUGCUAAUGCCAAGCUGGAGAGUGAGCUUAAGCAGGAGAAAGCCAAUCUUUUGGACAUGCAGAAGAUGCUGAGUGAUGAGAGGAAGCUCAUGUCAACUAUGGACAUGGAGCACCAGAGUCACCUGGUAGAAAUGGAGCAGAGACACCAGGAAAAGGUUUUGUAUCUUCUCGGGCAGCUUCAGAAUAAGCCGGUGAAGGAGGAAGAGGAACAUGAGGAGGUGUCUAAACGGGAGAAAGAACUACUGCAGCGCCUGCAGUUCCAGGAAGAGGAAAUUGAAAAGCUGCGUGAACUUAGCGAGCAGAAUCAGAAACUUAAGGAAGAAACCGAACAGUACAAGCAGAAACUUCAACUGGCCCAGUUGACCACUGCAAAGAAAGUCCUCUCUGCUGUGAACGAGUCACCUGAUACAUCUUUCGAAUAUGUUCCUCCUAAGCCCAAGCCCAAAAGCUACUCGACCGCACGGUCUCGUCACCAGGAACCCAUAGAUCUGGAUGAACUGAUAUCUCCAUCCGAGUCUGAGAAAGAGGAAGACGAGUGGCGUCCAGAGAAAACUGAGAGAGCAAGAAGAAGCUCCAAGAAAUCCAAAGUGACAGGGUGUGCAUGUCGGGGUCGCUGUGUUAACAAGCUUUGUCGCUGCCGUAAAGGAAAAAUGACCUGUGGUGAAAACUGUCUUUGCGAUCACGAGAAAUGUCGCAAUAUGGAGAACCGCACCAGUCUGGACAUGGCUGAAAUCAGUGAUGUGGGUAAGGAUGCUGUUGCAGUUCCUGAGGAUCCCACAGCAAUUAGUCCUCAAGAUUCCACGUUUUUCCGACCACCGAGUGUCCCACCAACUAAGAAGGAGAUUGGAGACAUGGGCCACCUGCCCGCAGACCUGAAGCUGGAGAAGAAACCCAUCCUUGCUGACAAUGAGAGUGACAGCGAUGAAGCAGAAGCUUUAAACAGCACAGCCAGUUUCCUCCGGAAGAACAAGCGUGGCCUGAAUAACUUUAAAAACAGCUUCUUCUCUGGCUGCACACCAAUACGUGAAGAACAUUAGCAUUGUUGUGUAGCCGAAUGUGGUAAAUAUGACCGCUAGUAUGUCUUGUCUUUGUUUUGUCUUCUAUUCAUGUGAUUUUAAUGUAUUGAUUUCUUGAAUUAAAUCUGUAGUUGUAAUAUAGUUUAACAACAUGCAUUUACAUCAGUGGCUAAUGCACUAGCAAGGUGAACUGCAACUGUCAUCAAGAAUUUUAUAGACUUUUUUUUAACAGUUUGGCAGUGAUAUUGAAAAUCAUACUUUUUGAUGUAAUCUAUAAUAAAUGACAGUGACUUUAAUAAAUUCUUAAUUUUA